AUGGAGGGCGCAGGUAACGGCACCGGCGCGGAUUACCGGAGCCAACUCCCCGGGCUCUUCAACAGCAGCGGCGGCUUGUGCGGGAACUUCACCGGGGUAAACAACAACAACAACAACAUCAACAACAACACCGCGAGCUUCGCGGAGGUGGGAUGCGGCGGCGGCGAGCGCAGGGGGGGCGACGACGCCAACCCGGUGAUCAUCGCCAUCGUGAUCACGGCUCUGUACUCCAUCGUGUGUGUGGUGGGGCUGGUGGGGAACGUGCUGAUCAUGUACAUCAUCGUCAGAUACACUAAAAUGAAGACAGCCACUAACAUCUACAUCUUCAAUCUCGCUCUGGCCGACGCCUUGGUCACCAGCACGCUACCGUUCCAAAGCGUCAACUACCUGAUGGGGACGUGGCCGUUUGGGGACAUCCUGUGCAAGAUGGUGAUGUCCAUCGACUACUACAACAUGUUCACCUCCAUCUUUACGCUCACCACCAUGAGCAUCGACCGCUACGUGGCCGUGUGUCACCCGGUCAAAGCGCUGGACUUCAGGACGCCCCGCAACGCCAAGAUUGUCAACGUCUGCAACUGGAUUCUCUCUUCUGCCAUCGGGUUGCCUGUCAUGGUCAUGGCCUCCACCGCCAACACUUCCUCUAAUAUUAUGGACUGCAAGCUGAUUUUCCCCCACCCCUCCUGGUACUGGGACACCCUGCUGAAGAUCUGCGUCUUCAUCUUUGCCUUCAUCAUGCCCGUCCUCAUCAUCACCGUCUGCUACGGCCUCAUGAUCCUGCGGCUCAAGAGUGUGCGCAUGCUGUCCGGCUCACAGGAGAAGGACAGGAACCUGCGUCGGAUCACACGCAUGGUCCUGGUGGUGGUUGCCGUCUUCAUCGUCUGCUGGACGCCAAUUCAUAUCUUUGUCAUCAUCACCGCUCUCAUCAACAUCCCCAGCUCCACGCUGCAGACUAUCACCUGGCACUUCUGCAUCGCCCUGGGCUACACCAACAGUAGUCUGAACCCGGUUCUCUAUGGCUACCUGGAUGAGAACUUCAAGCGUUGUUUCCGUGAGUUCUGCACCCCAAGUCCGUCUGUGUUGGACAUGCAGACCUCAUCCCGGACCGGAGUCACCAGCCGCAAGCUCCCACAGCGUGACAACAGUGGAAACACAGGAGAAAGGUCCAAUCAGCAGGUAUGA